AUGGACAAAUUUUGGACAAAUCGAAAACGGAAAUUGUUUCUGAUAACUUAUUUGAUUUCCGGCGGAAAAUUAGAUUUUUUCCGAAUUCCGGUGACUUCCGUUCUCGGAGUUCUCGGCAAAAAAGUUUCGCUACCUUGCGAUAUAAAUUCGAGAGAUCCAAAGGAUGCUGUGUCAAUGGUACUUUGGUUCAAAUCCACGGACGGGGAGCCCCUUUACAGCUUCGACGUUCGUGGUAAAAAAUUUGGUAAUGCAAAUACUUGGUCGUCACCGGAUCAUUUCGAUUCUAGAGCUUUUUUUCGGACGGCUCCGACACCCGCGGAAUUAGUCGUGGAUAAUUUACAAAUGGACGACGAGGGAAUGUACAGGUGCAGAGUCGAUUUUAAAAAUUCACCGACGAAAAAUCAAAAAGUCAAUCUAACAAUCAUAAUACCACCGGAAAAACCCGUGAUUUACGAUGCAAAAAGUAGAGACCGAACCAAACUAAUAGAACCGUACAACGAGGGAAGCGAUGUCAGUUUGGUCUGCGAAGUCACAGGCGGUCGUCCGAGGCCAAAGGUCGUUUGGUAUUUGGAAAACGAACUCAAAGACGAAUCAUACGAGCAAAGAUACGGAGAACAAUUAACAGUAAAUCAUUUUGUUUUACGUAACGUUAAACGAGAAUAUCUCAAUCACAGACUUUUGUGCCAAGCAUCAAACAACAAUUUGGAACCACCAGCUUCUAAAGUCGUAGUUUUAGAUUUAAAUCUGAAACCAUUAACCGUCCAUAUACUGACAAAGGAAAGAGCCGUGUCGGCAGACAAAAAAUAUGAAGUCGAGUGCAGAACAUCCGGUUCCAGACCGGAAGCCGUUAUCACAUGGUGGAAGGGAAACAAACAAAUCAAAAGAUUCGCAAAAAGUUACACCGAACAAAAUGGCGAUGGUUUAAGUAUACUUUCUCUAAUACCCGUCAUCGAUGAUGAUGGUAAAUAUUUAACGUGCAGAGCGGAAAAUCCUGUUGUACCAGACAGUGCGCUUGAAGAUAAAUGGAGAUUAAACGUACACUAUAUGCCUCUCGUCACUCUCAAAAUAGGAGCUAAUCUUAAUCCGGAUGAUAUAAAGGAAGGAGAUGACGUUUAUUUCGAAUGUAACGUCAAAGCAAAUCCUAAAUCUUAUAAAUUGGCAUGGUUUCAUAACGGAAAAGAAAUGCAUCAUAACAUAUCCGCUGGAGUCAUAUUGAGCGACGUUAGUUUGGUUUUACAGGGGGUUAGCAAACACACCGCUGGAGAUUAUACGUGUUUAGCAGCAAACAUAGAAGGAAAAGGAAUUAGUAAUCCCGUCACAUUAAAAGUCAUGUAUGUACCGACGUGUCGAGACGAUAGAGAAGAACUUCACGGAGCUUUAAAACACGAAACGGUCGCACUUAAAUGCGAAGUCGAUGCGAAUCCACCUCUUGUGACCUUUCAAUGGACCUUCAAUAAUUCAGGUGAUUUAAAUGAGGUUCCGGUGACCCGAUACACGAGUUCAUCGACUAUAAGCACCCUCAAUUACACACCCGUGUCCGAUAUGGAUUAUGGUACUUUGGCGUGUUGGGGAUCCAAUUCUGUGGGACAGCAAAAAGUUCCAUGCAUAUUUCAAGUUGUUGCUGCCGGUCAUCCGUUUCCAUUGACAAACUGCACAAUAUUAAAUCAAACGGCGGAUUCGCUUCACGUUGAGUGCCUGGAAAAUUUCGAUGGUGGAUUACCACAAACUUUUCUCAUGGAAUUAUUAGAGCUUCCAACGCUUGAAUUGAAAAGAAAUAUUUCCGUUGUUCGUGCCCCGCCGGUUUUCAGCAUUUACGGACUCGAAUCUGGUACCACUUAUCAGGUAAAUUUAUUUGCUGUAAAUGCAAAAGGAAGGAGUGAACCCUUUGUUAUUGAGACUGUUACCUUCAAAGGGGUUGCCAAAUAUACAGGAAUCACGACUCCGAUUCCGAUGAAUCCUGUUUUGACAGGUUUAAUAGCGACAGCAUCGACGUUAGUCGUCAUAGUUUGUCUUGUACUUAUGGCUUUGUAUAGAAGAAAUCGUACCAGGAGACCGUUGUCGAAACAAGCGGUUGUUCUGGUAUCGGAAGUCAUGGAAGAUACGAGGCCUUCUAGUUUAACAUUACCCUUAAAUCCGAGUAAUAAUAAUACGUCAUCAACGGAACAUAGAAUAACAGAUGACACAGAUCCGGAUGUCAUACCCAAUCAAUACGAAAGAAAACCUUUGAAAGGUUUGAUAAAAAAAUACAAAACUCCACCGCAAAGGAGAAGAAAAAAGAAAGAUCUAGAAAAUGACGAAAACGACGAGGAGGAAGAUCGCGAAGAGAUCUUAAAUAAAGAUGGCGUCGGAAUCGAUAAUAAUGAAAAAAUUAUGUUGAACGCAAAUCAUAAAAUCGAUUCCAAAGACUCGCAUCCUUUGUUUAACAAAUGGACAAAGGUAAGCGUUACAACGACGUCAUCGAGCGGUCCCGUCGUCGGCGCUGACAUAUCACUGACAACGCACACGGUUUUAUCAAAAAAUUAUAAAACCGGACACGAAGUCGUAACAACAACAAACAGAAUGCAAGAAAGUUGCAUUUAG